AUUAUUAAGAUCCAAAUUUGAAUACUACUAAAUUAAUCGAGGCGCGAUAAAAACAAAAACAAAUCCCAAAUACCAACACUUGUAUUUGCCCACUUCCGUCCUCACCAAUUAUCUAGCCGUGCCCAGAAAAUAUCGUUUAACCAGCAAGGUUGCAUGAUUAUUAUAGUUGAGAAAGUGCAAGUACAAUGAGUGUGGAAGUGGAGAGGAAAUUUGUCUGUGACGCUGACAUUCAGAAACAAUUGGAAGAGAUAGGAGCGGUGUGUAUUGGUCAGAAACAAUUCCAAGACAAGUAUUUUGACACCCCAGACUUCCUUCUCACCUUGAGAGAUGUGUGGUUGCGUUGUCGCCAGGGAUGUUGGGAACUCAAAUGCACUACAGUUACAAAGGCAGAAGACAGAGUGGGGGAGCCUCAGAAGGCAGAAUUGUGUUCACGCUAUCAGGAGAUAACCAAUCUGUCUCAAAUUCAGUUGAAAGUGAGAGAGUUCAUGAAAGAAGGUAAUGGGGAGCAAAAAACUGCCAACCAGACGCACCCAGUGGUCCAUCAAGACACACCCAAAACUGAAGGUGCAGAGAAUUGCCCCACAGGGAAUGAGUCCUGGCUGAUGGAGCUGAAUCUGGUUUGCUUUGCAGAGUUCACAACACAGAGGUGUUCAUUCACUUUUGGGGGGGAAGGAGAUGAAAGUGGAGUGCGUGUAGACCUUGACCAGGCCGACUUUGGCUAUUGUGUAGGGGAGAUAGAGGUUCUCGUGCCAAAGGGAGAAGACAUUCAGUCUGCACUGAGGAAGAUUGAAAAGACUGCCCAAAGACUGGGGUUGUCUGGCGAUCAGAGGGUUCAAGGAAAAAUGGAUGUGUACCUGCAAAGAUACAGCCCAGAACACUAUGCAAAAUUACUAAGUGCAUCUAUAUUGUAAGAAAUAGUAGUUGGAACGUAGCUGACUAAUGUCAUUGAAAAUUCUGCAUGUCCUUAACUUUAUCUAAUUCAAGUGGUUAACACAAAAAUUAUGGUCUAUCUUUGUUGUUACAAUAAACAAUGAAAAUAUA